GUAGGUACAUACACGUCCAUGGGAAUGUCCAACCUCACAAGACUCUCUGAAUUCAUCCUCUUGGGACUCUCCUCUCACCCAGAGGACCAAAAACCACUCUUUGUCCUCUUUCUUAUCAUGUACCUGGUCACCGUGAUGGGAAACCUGCUCAUCAUCUUGGCUAUCCGCUCUGAUCCUCAACUCCAAAAUCCCAUGUAUUUCUUCCUAAGCGUCUUGUCCUUUGCUGAUAUUUGCUACACAACAGUUAUAGUCCCCAAGAUGUUGGUGAACUUCUUAUCAGAGACAAAGACCAUUUCCUACAAUGAGUGUCUGGCACAGAUGUAUUUCUUCCUGGCCUUUGGAAACAUGGACAGUUAUCUCCUGGCAGCUAUGGCCAUUGACCGCUAUGUAGCCAUUUGUAACCCUUUCCACUAUGUCACUGUUAUGAACCACAGACGCUGUGUGCUGCUACUGGCCACCUUCACAGCUUUCUCCUACCUUCACUCCCUCCUGCAUGUCCUCCUGGUGAGUCGGCUCACCUUCUGUGCAUCAAAUGUUAUCCAUCACUUCUUCUGUGAUGUGAACCCCAUUCUGAAGCUGGCCUGCUCUUCUACAUCUGUCAAUAGAGUUGUUGCCAUGACAGAAGGGCUGGCCUCUGUGAUGGCCCCAUUUAGCUGCAUUGUCAUCUCUUACCUGAGAAUCCUCAUUGCCAUCCUCAAAAUCCCCUCAGCUUCUGGAAAACGCAAAGCCUUCUCCACCUGCAGCUCCCAUCUCACUGUGGUGACUCUGUUUUAUGGGAGUAUUAGUUAUGUCUAUUUACAGCCAUUGUCCAGCUACUCUGUCAAGGACCGAAUAGCAACAGUCAUCUACACUGUGCUGACAUCAAUGUUGAACCCGUUUAUCUACAGUUUAAGAAAUAAAGACAUGAAACGGGGCUUGGAGAAACUAAUAAGCAGGAUUAAGUCUCAUAUGGAUAGGCUUUUCACUGCUAAAUCCAUGAAAACUUGUGGGCCCUGAUUACAAGGUGUGGUGUGUGGUGAUGUGUGUACACUCCUGCACACACACAGCCUCUGAGGAAAGUCUUCCAUGGAGAAAUAUUCUUUCAUCAACUGGAACCACACCCUGUCAUCUUGCACCGCUUGGUCUCUGACAUGCUGCAGUUGGACAGUUCUACUCAUGUCUUGUUUCAUAUGCUACAAUGAUAGACCCACACCAUAAUACCUCUCCUUUCUAGAAAAUCAUAUUCCCUUUACUCUUUCCAUAUUUAUUCAGAACCUCCCAUAUUUCCCUCUAUUUCUAACUUCAGCCAAAUUCGGUCACUUAAAUUUUUGUAUACAUCUGUGGAGAAAUCUAUAUGCAUGCAAAGAAACAUGAAUAUAUAAACACUCUGUUAUAGUUAAAUUUCUAGAAGUUUUUGCAGGUGUUAGUGUGUGAAUUUGACCUCCAAAUCAGAUCAGGUGCUUCCCAAUUGCAGCAUCUG